UGCUGGAAAUGUGGUGUCAGCUUACAGUUGCAUCAGCCAAAUAAGGACAUUAAUUUCAGUCUAACAAGAAUCUCACCAAUCACCAACUCAAUUGGGGAGUGGUGUUUUGUUGUUUUAAAGCAUAGUUUCAGUUAUAUUUUAAUUGAAAACCUUAGAUAUUAUGGGGAAAGUUAGUAUUUGGAAUCUUACAUUGCUUGGAUAAAUAAACACUAAACAGGUCACCAGUUUUGUGCUAGAGUUUAUGGGCCUCACGGAAACAGUUGGGCUCUGCAGGAAGGCAAAGAAAGACCUACAGAAUUUGUAAAACAUUUUGUGUUGUAGUUGCUCCUGAGUAAUUAGUUGUUUUUUCCUGGUAACCAAGCAAAGCUCAGAUUUUUGGGCAAUGAAUCAUUCUUUCCAGGACACUGGAUCUCGUGACAUUCACGAAGAUGGAAAGCUUUAUGUCGUGGAUUCCAUUAAUGACUUAAACAAACUAAACCUCUAUCCUGCUGGAUCACAGCAUCUGUUCCCUCUUGAAGAGAAAAUCCCAGAUUUUGGCACACGUUCAGGAAAUGGGAGGCGGAGUCUGUUCUUUAUGGGGCUGCUAAUUGCACUGAUCGUCAGCUUGGCACUGGUUUUCUUCGUGAUAUUUCUAAUAAUUCAAACUGGAAACAAGAUGGAUGAUGUGUCCAGAAGACUAACAGCUGAUGGAAGGGACAUAGAUGACCUAAAGAAAAUCAACAACAUGAUCAUAAAGCGACUCGACCAACUGGACUUGGAGAAGAAUUAGAGAAAUGAUUUUCCAAGGGCAUCAGCAAACACGUGGAGCUCCUCACUUUCCUGGGGUGCACUGGGUCAAGGGCUGAGAAAGGGCAAUGGAUUAUCUGAUCAUUAAAACCAGCCAGGGAUAUGAGCAACUCCUAGGCAAGCUUUAGGACAGCAGCUAGAAAGGGUUGGUUAGGUCUCAGCCUUAUUUUCUGGUAGGGUGCUCCAGCUUUAAUGGGGUUAGGGUGGUUGGCUAGCAUGCACGAGAAUCAACAGAAACCAGGAAUCCGGCUUUGUAUAUACAACUUAUCUUACUAGAGGAGUUUGGUGUAGAAUAGGUUCACUGUCGAUGAAAGUUUGACGCCAUAUGCCUGUGCAGAUUCCUGUGAAAGCCUGAGAGAUUCAUUCAAUUACCUGAGCAGAAGGGAACUAGGUCAUCAGGCUUUGACUAUUUCCCCAAGGUCAGUGAUGGGCAGGCUUCAGAGCUGAUUGCUGUCAGUGAUUGCUGGUGGAAACACUGGUAGGAGUUAUGUGUGUAUGGUGGGGCCAGGAAUCAACAGAGAAAGCCUGAUUAAUAACUGGUGUUUACUGAGUUCCUUCUAUGUGUGAAUCAAGCUACUCUAGAGCCAUUCUAGUCUCAUGGGGACUAGGGAGAUGUAGUUUUAUGGAAUUAGGUAAGAUACAUUUACUUUGUUUCUCAUGAAAAAAGAAGCCCUUAAGUACCCUGCUCAUUAAUUUGGAGGAAAUCUGAUAAGUUUGUGGCCUUUGCUAAACUACAGUAGGAAAUUAGAUACUUGGAAUAUUUGGAAACUAUCUUCUUAUAGCAAAAUAAGACACAUGGUAUCUGACAUAAAAGAGGGUGUGAAAUAAAUGAGUCUAAAAAG